AUGUCGAAUACUUCUUCACAAUCUAGUACUCUCUCGGAAACAAUUAAGCUCGAAUCGAAACGUCUGUCCGGGCCCAACUGUUGGGCGUGUAACACCAGACAGCCGCAGAUCUGCCAUGUAGUUGCGCAGCAUGAUACACAAAUAGAAAUAUGGGAAAAAGCUGGGCUGUUUAACUUCGCGUACAAGUCGGUGGCCAAUGCAAUUCCCUUAUGUCCCUCAUGUCACGUCGAGUUUGAUCUUGCCAUCGACCCUGGGUACAUCUUCUUCCCAGCAGACCUUCACUUUUUUAUAAACUUCGAACUUGAGGAUCGCGAGCGGCGCCGCCUAACGGCUGAAAGUGGUUUCCCUGUGAAGCGGCAAGUACCAACAGCAAAGGACUACAAAGAUCAUCAAAUACGAAAUGGAAGCAUAUCUCCAGAGGACGUUGGGGGUUUAUAUAGACGUGUGUUUCUAAAAAAUUUCCUCCAUGAUGGCAUGUUCCCCUCGAUUAUCCCCACAUUAACCACACCAAAAUGUUGGCACGGCGACCCAAUGGCUUCACUUCGGCGGGCGAUCGCUGCCCUGGGGAGUCCCAGGAUCUAUGUUAUAAACCCAGAAACCCGUUCCUCUUUAGAACAGCUACGGGACUUAUACUUUUCCGACACAGCCGAGAGACAAAUUCAAGAAAAUCUUCAACACGGCCAACAACCAACACAGGCGACAAAACGUUCCCAGAAUGAAGUCACUGAAGAAAGUGUAAAGAAAAGGAAAGGAAAGACCGUUGAGGAUAGUCAGGACGUGGAUGGGCCUGGUUUGGGUUUUAAUCUUGAAGCAGGCGACACCUUUAUUCUUGGUCCAACUAUGACUGCCAAUGAAGUUAUACAAAAGUAUGCACCAGUUCUUGAAAUUGUAUAA